AGUUUUAUCGGGGUCUCAUCCGGUUUUUAAGAAGUAAAACUUUCUCAAACUGCAGACACCACCAACAACGCGGUAGAAACGACUGCUCUUAUUUCUGCCAGUGCAGCUGUUACAGAUCAUCGAAAAGAAGAAUGCGAAGAGGGCCAUGUUGCGUGUCAAGACGGCAAAUGCAUUUUGAAGACCCUGUGGUGUGAUGCGAAAAUCGACUGCGACGACAGCAGCGACGAGGAAAAAUGCAGCUGCAUUCACAGAAUAGACAAAAUUCGCAUUUGUGAUAAUUAUAUGGACUGUCCCAAUGGCGAAGAUGAAAACGGGUGUCAUGGGUGUCCAAAAAAUACGCACUUUAGCUGCGCUAGCUUAGGACCACACGACACAAAGACUGAUUGCCUGCAGUUGAUCAUGAGAUGCGACGGUAAGGAAGACUGUACCAGCGGCUCAGAUGAGAAGGAAUGCUAUGCUUUACUUGAAAAGCCCCUCAACUCCGGCCAAGUGGACAUGCAGUCGCACGUCUCUGGCUACCUGCACAUCAAUAGCCACGGCCAGUGGUUUCCGUUGUGCACUUAUGAUAAAAAAGCCGCAGUCAGUGCUUGCAAAGCAGAAUCUCACCCAGAUGUUGAAUUGAAGAACGUCCAGAUUGAUAUGGUCCCGCUGGAUAAAAAUGGAUCCGGGGACGUUCUUGUCUUCCCGAGUUCUCUCUGCAAGGGGAAUUUAGUAGUAUAUGUUCAGUGCCCUGCACCAAUGUGCGGAACGAGAAUCCUGGACGAGGCCCCUAUCGAGAGUCCAAAAGAAAAGCGCACAAUUUCCGGCAGAAUCGUUGGAGGGACAUUGAGCAAGCCAACCGCUUGGCCGUUCUUGGUGGCCGUCUUCAGGGACGGCAGGUUCCACUGCGGAGGAAGUUUGAUCGGAGACGCCUGGGUGCUUACAGCCGCACACUGCGUUCACGACUACAAAUAUCACUUCUACGAAAUCCAGGCAGGCAUGCUGCGCCGCCGAUCUUUCUCGCCGCAAGAGCAAACUAGGGUUGUCACCCACGUGAUUGUACACAACGAAUACAACAGGGAGGCCAUGAUCAACGACCUAGCCAUGCUCAAAAUCGACCCUCCGGUCCGCAUGUCCAGGUGGGCUCGUACCAUUUGUCUUCCUCCAGCUGGACUCCCCGAACCAGGCACCAACUGCAUUGCUGUGGGCUGGGGCGCAGUCAAAGAACAAGGAUAUGACCCGGAUCAAAUUCAUGAAGUGGACGUGCCAAUUCUGAAAAAUUGCAAGCAUCUUGAGGACAGAGAAGGAGUGGAAAUAUGCGCCGGUUGGCCAGAGGGUGGCAAAGACGCCUGCAAGGGAGAUAGCGGAGGACCGCUUUUGUGCAGGGUGCCACAAGUACCUGAAAAGUGGUACGUGGCUGGAGUUGUAAGCCACGGAGAAGGUUGUGCUAGGCCGAAUGAGCCAGGAGCCUACACCAGGGUGGGAAUAUUUCUCAAUUGGAUCAACCAUCACAUUGCAAACAAAAGUGCACUGCCAAGUGAAGUUCCGAUCGACAAAUGUCCAAGUAGAAUUGAAUGCAGCAAGGUCGGCGGUCGUUGUCUCUCAGCUUCGAUGGUUUGCGACAAAGUCGUUGACUGUUUGGAAGCUGAAGAUGAACUUGAUUGCGAAAAGAAAGAAGUUGAGUCUAAGUUCCGCGCCGAGACUUCAGCGGGACGGCCUAUAAUUUUACACGACGAAGAAACAGAUCGAUCUCGAAAAGAACAAGUGCAGAGAGCAAAGCAGACAUUAGAUGAAGAAGGAAUGCUAGAGGAGGACAAUAUUCCCGAUAUUCUGACAAGGUGGAACGACACUGUCUAUAUAUUAGAAACAAAAAAUGAGACAGCAGUUACUUUGAAUGAACCAUAUUAUGGAACGAGCACAACAGCUGGACCACCAAGUGUUUUAGAGGCAACGCUCGAGCCACUUUAUUCUUCCCCAAAUGAAUCAUCGGCUAAGGGAGAAGAGGACUACGGAGGAGGAGAGGAAGAAGAAGCAGAUCCGUCAUCUGGAGAAAGUACAACUGAUGUUGGGUUGACUGAAUCAAAAACGAAUGAAGACACAACGGCAGCUACGCAAAACAAACAUGCACCGACUGAAGACACGGGAACCGAGGACACAACGAUGGUGACAAACACUGACGAUAUUGCGACAACCAUGAAAAACGAAAUGAAUGAAACUGAUGACACUUUGACAAAGUUAACUGAAUCAGAUACGACCAUUAACGAUGCAAUGACGACGGCAAUGCAAACAAUUCCUUCUUCGACGAAGUCACCCGAGCAAGAAAAAAUCCAAGUUACCACUCCACGUCCAACAAGUCCGCUUUCUAUAUUGGUGCCGAACGCAACCUACGGCGCUAACACGCAGCAACCAUCGAUCUACAAAGGCAAACAGCCGCAGCCGGAGUUUCACUGCAGUCACUAUCACAAAGUGCCUUUCAACCGUAAGUGUGACGGAUUCAAGGACUGCGAAGAUGGAUCUGAUGAAAUGUACUGCUCGUGCAAGGAUUAUUUGUUAAAAAUCGAGCCUAAUUUAAUUUGCAACGGUGAACUCGACUGUGCAGACAGAUCCGACGAAAGCAGCUGCGGCGCGUGUGCACACGAUGAGUAUCAUUGUUCGCUUAGCAAGAAAUGCGUGAAACGGUACCAGAUCUGCGAUCGCAGAAUUGAUUGUCACAAGCUUGAAGACGAAAAACACUGCACUGCACUGCUAAGUGGACCGUUCGUGAUCGUGGAUGAUGAUCAUCAUGCGGUUUUCCGCAAAAAAGGCUACUUGAGCUACAAAGACGGAAACUCUUGGUACCAUUGGUGCCUUAAAACCAGGGCAGAAGCAGAAAAACUCGCGGCUGACACAUGUGCCGGUCUAGGAUUCAGUCGCUACGCCAAGUUUUCCAUUCAGCCAGUGCUCUUUUCUUCUCUUCCCAUUUAUCAUGAAAACAAACACAUGCAACUGAAACGAGGGUCCAGCGGUGCUCCAGCCCCAAUGUGCGAUGGCCUAUGGAUCGAGUGCGGAAAUCGAAUUUACACCCCGCCCGGCGAGAGCAUCCCACCUUGUGGAAACAGUUCCUGGCCGUGGUUCUCGGCUUUGUACUUGGACGGAAAUUAUUUGUGCGGCGCCACGAUCAUCGAUCAACAGAGGCUGAUCACCUCCAAAUCCUGUGUCCAAAAUAUCAAUUUGAACUACCACUUUUUAGGAGUGUUGAUGGGCACAAAUCGACAGCUUGCGCUAAAAGCUCCAUUUGAACAAAUUAGGCGGAUAACCCUGAUUCAGAAAAUCAAAAACGUUGCUUUGCUUUUCAUGGACGCUCCCAUCAUGAUCACCAAGCAGGUCAUUCCUCUACCGUUGAAAGAAAGGUUUGAAAAAAUGUAUGAUAUACACCAUUGCAUGGCCCUAGGACCCGACAGCUCAAUCAGCAAGAAAUUGAUUUCAAUUCAGUUCAAACCGAUUAGUUGCACGCAAAACACCCACUUUUGCUUAGAGCCCGUUUGCUCCUCUCCUGACCUGCAUUGCAAGGUUAAAAGCAGGACAAGUGUUCCAUGGUCCGGAACCCUGGCCUGCCAAGACAAGAGGGGAAGUUGGUUUCCUUUGGCAGUGUUCUUUGAACUCUUCGGAUCCUGCGGCUUCAAAACGCCUGUCAGUCUUGAGAAUCUUCAAAAUCUCCUACCGUACCUAAAAUAUCCCCUAUGGCGCACACAGCGCAACCCUUUUGCUCUAGUCCUCCCGCCGUGCGAUGGUUUGCGAUGUCCGUUAGGUCGGUGCAUAAAGAAGCACAACCUGUGCGACGGAGUUGCUCAUUGCAGAGAUCGUUCGGACGAGUCCUAUCAGUACAUAACCAGCCGCAAGUGCUGUUUCAAGUUUGAUGAUUCUAUCGCAUGUGUGUGUGCACCAAACCAAAUUAUGUGCAGAGACGGCAUGAUGUGCGUGGAGAAAAGCAAAUUCUGCGACGGCGUCAACGACUGUGCUGACGCCUCGGACGAACCCGUCAGCUGCCACUUUGCUAAGUGCAGAGCCUACCUGACGCUCGCCAAUCCGCACAAAAUUUGCGACGGAAACGUCCACUGCCAAGACAAAUCAGACGAGGUUGGAUGCCCGUGCACUCCCAACUCUUAUCGCUGCGUAAACUCUGGUCUCUGCAUUCCAUAUAACUUCUUUUGCGACGGCACCUUUGACUGUCCUCACGGCGAUGACGAGGUAAACUGCGUUGGUGUGCGCGCAAAACGGUCUAGUUCGGCUGGUAGAAAUGUGCUGAUGGAAACAUUUGGAAAUUUGCACGAAUUCUGUCGACCAUCUGACAUGAACGCCACCUCCUUGCACGCACUGAGCCGAUAUUUGUGCCGCCAAAUGGGUUUUCUUGGUAACACCGUUCUGCAGCCUUCUGUCGAUCCGUUCUACAAAAUCCGGCUCAACAACAAAACCACCAUCGAAAUGUGCCCUCGAGUCGGAGUGUGAUGGUGCUGGAAAUGCCUGAGUGGCCCUACGAUAUUGUUUGCGGAUUGUGGAGAACAACUUCUUAAUUAAAAAACAAUUUUGGGUAAUUUUCAUGUUCAA